AUGAUACCGCUAAAGGAUUACACGGCCAAGGACAGUGACGUCACACUCAUAUCCGACUACGGAGAUAAUAUGUCAUUUUAUCGCUUCCGUAAGUCAUGUAUCACGACUGAACCCGCCCGCGCCCGCUACAAUACAUACAUAGUAUUAGAAACUGUUAUCAAUAGUAAUGUUUUGAUCUGUGGCCAUGUCGACUGUCGUGUCAACGAGCCGUAG